AUGGUCGAUGUUGUGAUGCUAGAUCAGACUAAUCUGCUACCGGAUGAAAAAUUAACAAGUUUGAAAAGUUUCGAUAAUUUUGAUUCCUCUCUUAAGAAAAGGAAAUCUAUAAAACCCAUAAAAGUCACCAAGGUAACAACUGUUGAUGACGAUGACGUUCAUCUUCCCGUUACUGAAAUCCAUUUGAAAUCUCAUGAAUGGUUUGGUGAUUUUAUAACUAAACAUGAAAUUCCCAGAAAAGUUUUUCAUUCAUCUAUUGGUUUCAUCACUAUUUAUUUAUACACUAAAGGAAUCGAUUACAAGAAGAUCAAGACUCCAUUAAUAUAUGCCUUUGUGAUCAUCUUUAUCUUAGAUUUGAUUAGAUUACGCUGGGCUUAUUUUAAUAAACUUUAUUGUGGAACCGUAGGUGCAUUGAUGAGAAAGAAAGAAAUACAUACUUACAAUGGUGUUCUUUGGUACAUACUCGGUUUGAUUUUUUCAUUUAGCUUUUUUUCUAAAGAUGUAGCUUUAAUUUCUUUGUUUUUAUUAAGUUGGUCCGAUACUGCUGCAUCCACGUUUGGUAGAAAAUAUGGGUAUUUAACGCCAAAAUUAGCACGAAAUAAAUCAUUAGCGGGAUCUUUAGCUGCAUUUAUUGUUGGAUUUGUAACGACUUUGUUGUUUUACGGUUACCUUGUACCUCGUUAUGAUUAUGUUAAUAAAUUAGGUGAGAUUCAAUGGACUCCACAAACUAGUAAGUUGAGUCUAAAUACUCUUUCAUGGUUAGGUGGAUUAGUCGGAGCUUUAAGUGAAGGUAUCGAUCUCUUCAACUGGGACGAUAAUUUUACGAUUCCUGUUCUAUCUUCCAUAUUCUUAAGUACUGUCAUCCAUGUGUUUAAGAAAUGA